GUGUACAUUUUCAUGUUAUGUCAACAUUUUUUACUUUGAGACCUGAUUAUUUUAGAUUUACCAAUGUCAGUGAGAGAAUGCAUUCUAUCAUUUUGAAAAAGUGGAUUUCUGACCAGUAAUGUCUAGUGCUGUUCGAGAAAGGUAUCAAGCUCUGGUGUAAUUAUGGAGAAAGACAUCACCAGUCAGCAAGAGACGGGUGUGGAGGAUGCAGACAAUGCCAGUUCUGGUCUUGAUCAGAAAGAUGAAGGCAGUCUACCUCAGCCGGCAGAGGAUGCUGCACAUCCACAAAAGCCACACGAUGAUGAAUCAAAGCAAGAAGGUGAAGAGCAGACAGAUUUCAAGGACACAGAAAGUGAUGGUGUGAGCCAUGUGGAAGACACGCCCUCCCAGGAUGUAGGUGCCAUUAUCGAUACUGCUGAAUCAAGUUCUCCUGUAAAAGCAUCUGAGGACACAGAGUCACAGUCAGAACUGAAGGUAGCGGAGCAUGAAGCUCUUUCAGAUUUGGAAGAUGAAGCGAAAGUUGAUUCUGAUCAAGCUUUAGACACAGGAGAAGGUUCUCCUGUACCUGAUUCUCUCAACCAAAUUGAAAAGGAGGAGCCGCAUACCUCAGCUGAAACUCCUGAAGAGUCAGCCAAAGAUGUGAGAGAUGACUUGCAGUUCAGUGCUGACAAGGAUGCUACUGAAAGAUGUUCCCCUCAGUCACCCUUGCCUGCUGUUGCAAUAGAUGAUGAAGCGCAGAUGAUGUCUGUGGAGGAAGAGACAGAAAUUGUUGAUUCUGAUCAAGCAUUAGACACAUUAGGAGAAGGUUCUCCUGUACCUGAUUCUCUCAACCAAAUGGAAAAGGAGGAGCCGCAUACCUCAGCUGAAACUCCUGAAGAGUCAGCCAAAGAUGUGAGAGAUGACUUGCAGUUCAGUGCUGACAAGGAUGCUACUGAAAGAUGUUCCCCUCAGUCACCCUUGCCUGCUGUUGCAAUAGAUGAUGAAGCGCAGAUGAUGUCUGUGGAGGAAGAGACAGAAAUGGUUGAUUCUGAUCAAGCAUUAGACACAUUAGGAGAAGGUUCUCCUGUACCUGAUUCUCUCAACCAAAUUGAAAAGGAGGAGCCGCAUACCUCAGCUGAAACUCCUGAAGAGUCAGCCAAAGAUGUGAGAGAUGAUUUGCAGUUCAGUGCUGACAAGGAUGCUACUGAAAGAUGUUCCCCUCAGUCACCCUUGCCUGCUGUUGCAAUAGAUGAUGAAGCGCAGAUGAUGUCUGUGGAGGAAGAGACAGAAAUUGUUGAUUCUGAUCAAGCAUUAGACACAUUAGGAGAAGGUUCUCCUGUACCUGAUUCUCUCAACCAAAUGGAAAAGGAGGAGCCGCAUACCUCAGCUGAAACUCCUGAAGAGUCAGCCAAAGAUGUGAGAGAUGACUUGCAGUUCAGUGCUGACAAGGAUGCUACUGAAAGAUGUUCCCCUCAGUCACCCUUGCAUGCUGUUGCAAUAGAUGAUGAAGCGCAGAUGAUGUCUGUGGAGGAAGAGACAGAAACUGAACAUGAGACAGAGAGAGGAGAUGAUGGUUGGUCAGAGGACAUUGGCAAAGAUGCAUUACCUGACCCUCAACAGUCCUGCAAAGACGAAGACUCUCUUCAGGAACUUGAUAAAUCUUUAGAUAUAGAGAUAGACACAUCUGAAGCAAAAGAAAUCCAUUCUGAUGGGGACCAAACAGACAGAGACAAAGAAAUUGAGAGUGUUGAAGGAAAUGUAGAAACUCAAGAGGCAGGGUAUGAUAUGCCAAUGGUGGAAACUGUCACAGGAUCUCAGCAAGCAGAUGAUGGGGGUCAGUUACAGACUGAUUUGAGAAUGGAAGAUGACAGGAUCCUUGGUCAGCAUAUUACUGAUGAUAUUGAGGGUGGUUGCAAGGUAGAUGAGGAGGGCAUUGGUCAUAGUGAGAGACAAAUGAUUACAGAAGAGGAGGAUCAGCUCCUUUCAGAAGACACUCAAAACAACUCUCAUGAGUCCUCCGGCCACUUUGGAGAAACAACUGCAAAUCGAGAUGCAAAUUUAUCUUUGAAGGACAACUUGGAAAGUGUUAUGGAAACAGGCGAUCAGGAUAUCAAUGAAGAAGGAAGAAUUACUGAUCAGGAAAUGACUGGUGUUGCUGAGGGUGGAGUAAGGGAAGAUGAAAUUGAUUGUAGCGAGAGGUCACUGACUUCACAAGAAGAGGAUCAUCUCCUUUCAGAGGACUCUCAAAGAGAUGCUAAUCAGCCUCUUAAUCAGGUGGGACCAAGCCUUGCAAGUCAAGAUUCAAAUCUAUCUUAUGAUGAACCUAUGGACACAAGUGAAGGUGAAGUAGGAACAGGGUCAACUUUUAAAGGAUCAGAUAAUAGCGAGGGAGCAAGUGCUAUGGAAACAAGUGAUCAAAUUGUAAUCAGUAAUGUUCUUUCAGAAUCAGAGGGCAGUGGUCUGCCAGCACCUUCUACUGAGGUUCCUGCCAACACAGAAGACACCAUGUCUGGUGCAGAAGCCCUUGUUAGAGGCAGUGAGCCUAACAGUGAAUCCAGUGUGAAGAUUAAGAAGGAAAUCUUGACUGAAGUCAUGACUGAAACUCACGCUACUCCUGAGGCUGAAGCCAGCAAGGCUGAUGGAGGCAUAAGCCCCAGUAACCCUGUCCCAGAGAAAGACCAAGACAUGAAGCCUUCCAAAGCAGAACUUGACAGAAUUUUGAACACAUCCUCAACCAACCAGACUUCUCUUGGGGAUGCAGAGAGCACUCCUGUUUCUCAGGCAAAGAAAGGCAAGGGCAGCAGUAUUACCAGUAUCGUUGGAAGGCUCUUUAAUAAGAAGGAAGAGGAGGCCAGAAAAAGAAAAGAGACCUCUCCAGAGGAACCUCCGGAUGAGAUAGCCAAUGUACCCUUCAAGAUCUCGGGUGUAAAGUCUCUUGCUGCUCCAGAACAGGCUGCGAAACACCAACAAAGACAGGAGAUGAGGCAGACUGCUGGCUCGCCUAUCGUCAUAGCAAGUGUCACCUCGUUGGCGAAAGAGGUCGAGAAGUGCAGCAAGUGUAGCAAGCAGAUCGAAUCUGAGAGCUCAGCCUUCAAAUGGCAGAAAGAACUCUUUUGCUCAUUCUCCUGUCUGGACACAACAAGGAUUACCUCAACGAAGACAGUGACCUGCGAUUCCUGUACUGUUGUCCUGCACCCCAGGAUCAGGAAUGUCCACUUUGCCAAGGUCGGCAAGGAGAUGCGGGAGUUCUGUUCCACGCGCUGUGCCAAGAACUCGGAGGAGUCACCAAAGCUUUGUCCUGGAUGCGGGAAGGAUGUUUCCACUUCAGGCAAUCCUAUACUUGCCCAGACUGGCUCCGAGGGUAUCUUCUUUGAGUUCUGCACCCAGAAUUGUGUCAACCAGUACGAGGAAAGGAUCUUGAAUGAUACCAACAAGGAAAAAGAAAUUGCUAUUGCAAGGCAAAUCAAAGCAGUGUGUACCGAAUGUGAAACCGUAACCGACAUUCGUUAUGAGUUUGUUUUCCAUCAAGUGAAGAAGCAAUUCUGCUCCGAGGCCUGCUUUGAUUCUUUCCGCAUGAAGUACAACGCCAAGAUAGAUCGAUGUUCUGCUUGCAAUUGCAUGUGUUUUAACGAUCCCAGCGCUGGCUUGAGCACAACUCUGGAUGGAAAAACGUACCCGUUAUGCAAUGAAAACUGUAAAAACGCUUUCACCAAGAAAUGUACAUCCUGUUCCUUGGUUUGCAUCAAGAGAUCAAUGGUUGCCUAUGGAGACGGUGAAGCCAGAAAGUUGUUCUGUGCUCCACCUUGUAGAGAUAGCUAUCAAAAGAAACAUGGCAGUCUACCUCCAUCAAGUAUCUACCAGUGUUUGACCGGCUCCAACAAUCCAGCCAUUCCUCAACGUGGCCCCCCUCCCUUGACACCACUGACCAACGUCCAUGUUCCCACAACCACCAGUGGGGUACCUCAGUCCAUCACCUCCAACCAGGCAUCCAACAGUCUUCCGCAGCAGGGUCAACAGCAUCCGCAACAGACAGGACCCCAACCUACCAAGUGUGACCACUGCCAGAAGGUACAGCGCCCUCUUUACCACCUUACCAUGAGCGACCGCACCCUGAGGGACUUCUGCAGCUACAACUGCGUCAUCUCCUUCCAGGCCCAGUUCAAUGUCCCGCCGGUCACCCUGCCGGAGGAAACCCUCCUCUUGAGGUGCCACAAGUGCCAGAGGGGGUUCAACACUCGCCCCUUUGUGCUGGAUUAUGAAGACAAGACUUCCCUCUUUUGCAGUGAGCACUGUCUAGAGGACUAUAAGAGGACUAACUGCGUGUUUGUGAGAUGCGAUCAAUGUCAUCAAGAGAAGAUUCUCUAUGAAAAGACACACUUCUCUGGUGAGCCAAGGACAUUCUGUAGCCAAGGUUGUAUGCUGUUGUUCAAACAAGAGAUUGUCCAAACCCUUGGGCUACAGUGCAUUGUUUGUGAUUACUGCGCUCAGAUGUGCAAACAGGAUGUAUCUCAGAUGAUGGGAGGGAUCAAGCGUCACUUCUGCAAGCCCGAGUGCAUGUCUAAAUACGAGCAAUGGUUCUAUAAAGUAGCCAGGUGUGAUGGAUGUAAGAACACUGGUCGGGAACUGACAGAGAAGUUCACGUGGAGAGGGCAGAUGAAACAAGUUUGUAACCAACAAUGCCUCUUACUCUUCUACACCCAACAGAACAUUCCUAACGUCACUACUCAACUACCAGAACCUAUCCCUACAUCUACAGCACAACAUGCAACUCCUACCAUAGCAAAGGUCAUGUCCCUGGCACCCAUGGAAAGGCUAAGUGCACCACGGACCAUCGUGAAGGAGAACAAGAAGUCCUUUACAAACAAACAGACUCAGAUUACAACCAACACUGUCUACAUCAAGCCCCCACCCCCACCCCCAUCGGGUCUGCCCCCUCCACCAAAGAUGGUCCGCAACAAGAUCACAUCUUGUCGCCCUAUUCAGAUCACCAAGGCAACCAUGUGUCGACCAAUUAUGAAGGAUAUGUGCGUUGGAACAGACUUCCCAAGGGUACCUGCCUUGGUACCAAUACCCUUCCCCGUCUUCAUCCCGGUGCCUAUGCAGAUGUACACCACCCAUAUCCCCCAUCCCAUGGCCAUUCCAAUCCCGGUCCCCGCCCCCAUGUUCGUCCCCGUGGCGGCACGCGACUGCAACAAACUCCUCAAGACCAUGGAGGAGAUCAAAGACCGCGUACCUUCAGACCCCCUCGAGGCUGAACUCUUCAUGAUGGCAGCCGCGGUCGCCAGUGACGAGGACGAGGUGAGUGACCUUGGGUCGGAGCAGAUCGCAUCAAGGAAGAGGGAUAGUGCCAGUGAGAAGGAAGGAAGUAUUACCAGUCUUGGACAAAGGACCAGGGCAUCACUUGUUGACCAGGCCAUGAUGGAUUGUGGUAUAAUGGACGAGCCUAUAGAUGAUAUGGGCGUUGAUGAGCUGCUUGCCAGUCUUUCCUCACCGGAUGUUUCUGAUGAUAUCCUCUUGAUGAAUGCUGAUCUUGAAGAUGAUGAUGAAAGAGAAAAGAAGGAUCUUUUACUUGAGCUUUCUCAAGGGCUCGAUGCCCUAGGUCACAUCCCAGAGUCAGAAGCAGAUCCUCCUCCUCCGCUGCCACUCACAAAGAAGGUCACAAGAAUCACCCUCAAGAAGAAACCAAAGAAACGGAAGAGGCGGGUGAGACGUAAGCGUGCAUCCGCUCCUCCCGCCCCGUCCUCGGCCCCUGCUCCUCCACCACAGGAUAAUGUAACUGGUCUGGGACUCCGUCGCAGUAGCCGUGCCAAACGCACAAAAGUCUAUGUGGAUGAAGAUAGCCAAGAAGAUGUGGAUGAUGAUGAAGAGGAGUAUGAACCCUCAGUCUCAUCAUCAUCGGAAGAGGAGAUCGUUGAGACCGUUGAGGAGCCCAUUGACCCUCAACCGAUCGCUCGUGUGCCAACGUUACCCCCAACAGACGAUGCCUGGGUGACGGCUGGUCUUCUUGCAUAUAAGCUGUUUGUUAUGGGUCUUGAUGAGAGUCUCAAGCCUCUAUCACAGAGGAUCAAACCCAAUCUCCUGGAGUGUAGUCCUGAUAUCAUCCAUCGCGCUUUGAUCCAGUUUGUCCGCGACGCCCGGCGACCCGACGGCGAACCGUAUUCUCCAGAAACCAUCCUCCUAAUGUGCCUUUCCAUUCAGAGACACCUCACCGACAACGGCCGCCUGGACAACUUCCUGGCCGGCCCCAGCUACGAGCACUUCCGGAUUUGCCUCCACAAUGCUCUUAGCCCUUGGGUGCCCAACGUGCACCCCACCACCGGUCUGCUCCUCAACUCCCGCAUCAACGAGGAGAUGAUGUGGGCUUCCCAGCAGUUGGGGGCGCACUCACCCCACGUUCUACUCAGCACCAUCUUUUUCUUCAACUGUCGGAACCUGAGGAUGAGGACAGCGGAGGAACAUUCCAAGCUAGCUUUCUUUCGCAUGCAGAAGUUGGUGAAGAAGGCCAACACUCCCAGUGGGAAGGUCUCCCUUCUCCGCUACUUUCCUCCCAAGAAGAAGAACGAUGCUGCUGAAGCAGGAAAGACUGGGUUGCUGAACAUUGGAAGAGGGAAGAAACGAGAGUAUGAUCCAGAGACCCUUGAUCAGAGUGAAAACACAGAGAACCAGCUACGUUGCCCUGUCAAGCUCUAUGAAUUCUACCUCUCCAAAUGCCCUGAGAGCAUCAAGAUGCGGAACGAGAUCUUCUACCUCCUUCCGGAGCAUGCCUGCAUCCCAGACAGUCCUGUCUGGUACUCCGCCACCAAGCUCCCUGAUGAGCAGAUGGAGAAGAUGCUCCUUCGCUACGGCAUGAUCCAGGAGGUCCAGGCAGGCUGGCAGCAGAAGAUGAAGGAGGAAGAGGAGGAGGCAGAGCGGGCCGCUGAGCUUGAACGACAGAAGGAGGUCGACGGUGAAGGAGACGGAGCGGUCGAAGGACAGGGGUCGUCGGUGGAACAAGAAACGCAUUAACAAACCACGUGAUUAUGAUGUAGCUCAGUUCAAACCAGCUCCUGACUCCUCCUGUACCUUCCUCGAUAUGGGUAACAAUUUCCCUUUUUAUAUACCAAAUUGAUGUAAGAGGUCAUUUUCUGUCAUCCUAUUGCUCUACUGCACAGUCAUCUUACAUCAGACUUGUGGUGGAAUGCAAAACUUCAGUUCUAUAAGGUCAUCAAUUUUAAUGCGACGUCAUUGCUGAAACCAGGGUUGAAUUGAUGGUCAAAUGAGUUGUCAGUAGCAUACCCAGGAGGGGGGGGAGGAUUGGGGCAUAUCCAAACCUUGCCACCCCCCUUUUUUUUGAGCCAUUGAAAUAUUUGUAGCUUGUCAAUAUGUUUUGUAACAUAAGUCCCCUUUACCUUCAUUUGGGAGUGAGGUUCUCUUUUUCUUUCCUUGUCAGAUGUUCUGGACAAAUAUCCCCCCCCCCCCCGUUCCUUUCGGAAAAUUCUGCAUCCUUCCCCUUAUUGGUGAUUGUUCUUUGAGAACUGUUCAAAACUACUGAAAAUCUUGAAUAUGAUUGAUAAAUUGAUAUUUAUCAGUGUUAAAAACUAAUGAAAUCCUUGAAUAUGCUCAAUAAAUUGGAAUUUAUAGUGAAAUAUGUGCCAUUAUCCCAUAUACUUUCAGUAGUACAUGGGAUUAAACAAACUACUUGGGCAUGCUCGGGCAGUAAUAUAGUCCAAUGAAUUGGUUUGAAGUAUUAAAAGUGAAGAAUAAAACAUUCUAGAAAUUAAUUUUGAUGUUGAAAAAUUUUCAAGCAAAUUCGAUGAGGAUACUAGAAUGAGUAUUAAGACCAACAGUUAACUUCGCGAAGCUGAAUUUACUAUUUAGUAAUCUAAAAAAAAUAUAAAAUUCAUGCAUGUCUAAUCACAGUAUUUGACAGAACUGAAGGAAUGAUAAUGUAGAUGGACAAUUUGUUGAUACAUUGCUUGGGAUUACUUUACAGACGGUAGGUUCUGACUCAUGCCUGGUGCUAAUAAAUCAUUGUAAUCAUGUAGUAGACUUUUGAGACACUUUUUUUUUGGGG